ACCGGAGUGACGGCGAGGACGAGGCUCGAAAUGCCACUGACGAGAUAAAGGAGUGCUCGGUCUUGAGGCUCGCGUCUCACGCCACGCGCCGCCGGCACGCUCUAGACGCGCUUAAGGCAGGUACAACCGUGAGAUGCCGAAAGCUGGGGAGAUAACCACUCCUUCGACAAUGCCGAAGAUAGGUGUCACGAGACGCCCUUUGGGGCCUUUUGAGGUUUUCUCGCGGUCCUGAGCCUUUCUUUCUUCAAUUCCCCUUUUCAGAUUGACAAGAUGGGUCUCUUAGAGUACAGACAGCACAAGGCCGACUGCCAGCGCAAGCAGCACGAGCGCGCAACCAAGAUCGCGAACCUCCCGGCUACCUACAGCUCCCCCUUGACAUCCCAAGAACGUACGAUUCUCGGCAAACCCAUCCAAGACCUCGUGCAGGAAGUCCAAAACAACGUCACGAACCCGAUCGAUGUCCUCCGCACCUACAGCAAGGUCACACUCAAAGCACAUGAGAAGACCAACUGCGCGACCGAGAUCCUCUUCCCCGAAGCGGAAGAAUGGGCGACCAAGGAAUGCAACCUGAAGGGUCCAUUGGCGGGCAUACCUGUCUCCCUCAAGGAUUCGAUCCAAGUCAAAGGCUUUGAUAUCACUGUUGGCUUCUCGACGCAUACCGGGAAACCUUAUGCUGAAGAUGGACCUAUGGUGCGCCUCCUGAAAGAUGCAGGCGCAGUUCCGUUCGUCAAGACCAACCUGCCCACGACCCUGCUCUCAUUCGAGUCAACCAACGACGUCUGGGGUCGCAGCAAGAACCCGCACAACACCGACUACUCGCCUGGUGGCUCUACAGGCGGUGAAUCCGCUCUUCUUGCAUUCGGAGGCUCGCGUAUUGGCAUUGGGAGCGAUGUCGCAGGUAGCGUGCGUGUGCCAGCGCACUUCAGCGGUUGCUACUCUAUCAGAUGCAGCACCGGGCGUUGGCCGAAAAUAGGCAUGAAUACAGCCAUGCCGGGCCAGGAAGCUAUCCCAUCAGUCUUCAGCCCUAUGGCACGCACGCUCAACGACCUUACAUACUUCACACGCUCCCUGAUACAGUGCAAGCCCUGGGAGUACGACUAUACCGUGCAUCCACUUGCAUGGCAACAGUCUGUUGAAGACGAGUACCGUGACAAGAAAGUACUCCGAGUCGGUGUGCUUCGGACUGAUGGUGUCGUUGAUCCUUCGCCAGCCUGCGCCCGCGCGCUGUCCCUUGUCGUGGAUGCCCUACGCGCUGAAGGCCACGAGGUCUUUGACGUCUCGCCGCCCUCGCCCUACGAAGCCCUGAAACUCGCCUCACACCUCCUUCUCUCCGACGGUGGGCAGACAUUCAUGUCCUUCUUCCGUACAGGCGAGUGGAAUGACCCUGGCGCCUCAGUAAUGGUCAAGUACAUGAACCUCCCUCGUUUCGUCAAAAAGCUACAUUACUGGUGGGUCAAGUACGUGCGGCGAGACGAGAUCUGGGCCGGCUUGAUCAAAGAUUGGAGCCCUAAGAGCGCGCAUGAGUACUGGCAGCUGGCUGGUAACCGGGAGUCGUACAAGGCGAAGUUCUUCGACUGGUGGGAUACACAGGGAAAGGGCGAGAAGGCGAUGGACGUCAUGCUUGCUCCUCCUAACGCAACACCCGCCGUACCUCAUGGAGGCAUGCAUGAUGCUGUGAGCUCGUGUGGCUACACGUUCCUCUUCAACUUGCUCGACUACUCCGCCGGCGUCAUCCCCGUGACACACGUCGACCCAGCCAAAGACGCUCUCCCCGCAACCUUCAACUUCAAGAAACUCAACGGCAUCGCACAGGGCGCGUACAAGCACUACGACGCAGUGAAGAUGGCCGGACUGCCAGUAGGAAUUCAAGUGAUAGGGAGAAGGCUGCAGGAAGAGAAAGUCCUAGCCAUCAUGGAACGAUGUGAAGACGCAUUGGACAAGCAUGGCGGGCGGUAUGAGUUACUCGAGAUUGACUAGCUAGCCCAUCCAC